AUGAAGACUCGGAUCACGCAGGAACUCAGCGGGGAUACAAGACAGACAGACAGACAGACAGAAGAAAGACAUCCCUAUCGGCCAGGCUCGAUCAGGCUACCAAUUUGUUUUGCGGAAGAUCGCCAUCACCCACUUGCAGGCCUUUUAGCUCGGUCCACUCGGCCAUCUCCAGUAGUCCUUUCAUUAGUUCCCUAUCAAUCCCAUCCCAUCCCAUCCUCUCGCCCGUUCCGCCAUCCGCAGCGUCACCAGCAUCCAUUCGGCGGUAUCAUUGGCCAUCACUUCCACCAUCCCGUCUCUGCAAUCGAUUUUAGUGUUGUUGCUGCUGCUGCUGCUGGUUGGGACAUUCUUUUUUUUUUGCUGGUGUUGCUACAGCUAGUAGUACUUAGUUGUUAG